ACGCCAUGUUUAUACUGUAGGUGGUGUGGUGCGGGUAUACGUGUGUCCAUUAUUUUCAAGUAAUAACGUUUAAUUAUUUAUUUACACGGUAUAGCGCGGUACGUAAGUGUCCUGUGCGUCAAGUGCAUUACAGUUAAUAUUGUGUGGGAUCACUUUCCGUUAACGGUACACGGAAUAAUCGAAAAGACGCGAACAAUCUAUGACUUAUGGACCUUCGUUUCUGGGAAUUUCUUUGCUACCUCAUAAAUUGUUUACAAGUUGUUCACGCUAGUUUAAGGCUAACCAGAGCAUCGUGAACGUGUUAUUUGUGCUAGGAGUACAAUUUCCUUUUCAGGAAUCGUCCGUAAACGUUGGAUAGACGUAAUGCACCCUUACUACGAGCAUUUGCGUGUUUUAUAACCUGACAACACGUUCAAAAGUUUCUCUGUCUUUAUCAUGUCAUAGCAUCUUUGACAAAAUAUUAAGUGAUUUCUAACAAAAUUAAUGAAUGCCAAAAUGUGGUCUUCGCAAGGUAAUAACUCAAACUCCAAUGCUCCAAAUGAAAGAAAUCUUCGUACAUUGGGUAUGACAUCUGCUAUUAGUGUAGCAGAACCAAAACCUAGUGAUCUUACAAGGACAAAUGAAUUAAGGGAAGCAUUAAAACCUUAUAAUGUAUUUGAAUCAGAAGAAGAAUUAAAUCACAGAAUGGAAAUAUUAAGCAAAUUAAACACACUUGUGAAGCAGUGGAUAAGGGACACAAGUAUUGCCAGAAAUAUGCCACCCAAUGUUGCUGAACUAGUUGGCGGUAAAAUAUAUACUUUCGGUUCAUAUAGGUUAGGGGUACAUCACAAAGGUGCCGAUAUAGAUGCCCUAUGUGUUGUACCUCGUCAUAUCUAUAGGUCGGAUUAUUUUUCAUCCUUCUUUGAGUUACUGAAAAUGCAAGAAGAAGUUACAGAUUUAAGGGCAGUGGAAGAAGCAUUUGUACCAGUCAUAAAAAUGAAUUUUGAUGGUAUUGAAAUUGAUAUGUUGUUUGCAAAACUAGCUCUUAAAGAAAUUCCUGAUACAAUGGAUCUUAAAGAUGAUAUGCUUCUGAAAAAUCUUGAUCAGAAAUGUGUGAGAAGUCUUAAUGGCUGCAGAGUAACAGACGAGAUACUACGUUUAGUACCUAAUAUUGAAAAUUUUCGGUUGGCACUUAGAGCUAUUAAGUUGUGGGCAAAACGAAAUGGCAUAUAUAGUAAUGUGCUAGGGUAUCUAGGAGGUGUAUCUUGGGCAAUGUUGGUUGCAAGAACAUGUCAACUUUAUCCUAAUGCUGUUGCGGCAACGUUAAUAGAAAAAUUUUUCCUUGUAUUUUCUCAGUGGAAAUGGCCACAACCAGUUCUCUUAAAGCAGCCUGACAAUGUUAACUUAGGUUUUCCAGUGUGGGAUCCAAGAGUAAAUAUAUCAGAUAGAUAUCAUUUGAUGCCAAUAAUUACACCAGCAUAUCCUCAACAAAAUUCAACAUUUAACGUAUCAGUUUCAACGAGAACCAUUAUGCAAGAGGCAUUUGAAACUGGGUUGUCCGUAACGGAAGAAAUUAUCAUGGGGAAAGCAACGUGGGAUAAGUUGUUCGAACCUCCGAACUUCUUUGGCAAAUACAAACAUUACAUUGUAUUACUUGCUAGAAGUUUGGCAGCAGAGGAGCAACUUGAAUGGUGUGGGCUUGUCGAGUCAAAGAUACGACAUUUGAUAGGUACACUGGAAAGGAAUCCCCACAUUACAUUGGCCCACGUAAACCCAGAAGCAUUUCCACCGUUAGAGGCAGAACCGGAGGGCCACUGUUCCAUGUGGUUCAUCGGCUUACUAUUUGCCAAAAGUGAAAACUUGAACGUCGAUUUGACAUACGAUAUUAAAUCCUUCGUAGACUCGAUUCAAAGGCAAGCGGAACAAUUAAACAUGUUGAAGGAUGGCAUGUGGAUAGAAGCUAAACAUGUGAAGCGGAAGGAUCUACAUACAUAUGUUUCCACCAGUUUACUCAAGCGCGAAAGAAAAGUCUCUGGCAGUGUACAUAAAAAUGGAAACAUUGCUGGUAAUGGAAACAGUGGUAGUGUCUCGCCGCGGAACCCAGGAGAUACAGCGAGUAGGAAGAGAUUAUCGGAUCAGAACCCGGACACGUGUGGAAAGAAACGAAGAGUCAAUGACGCCGAGCCGCAAGUAACACAGGGAGAAGAUGGAUCGUUAGUGGUUCAAUCUUGUGGAGAAGAUAGCAAUUCCGGAUUUAGCUUGGAUGAAUACAAACAAACAUUGACAGCUACAAAGGAUGUAAGACAUUGUACAUAUAAUGAACAAUAAUCACCAUAGAACAAAAUUAGGAUGGGCCUACCGGUGCAUCCACAGUAGCACAGGAAGGAUACGUUUGCACUUGACCACUGCAGGAUUACUACCUCACAUCGAUUCACAGAUGUUCCUCCGGGCCAUCUAGACUGUAAUCACAUCUCAUGCAACCAUCCACUGCCCACUGUAAGUCCCCCGUUUCGUAAAAACAAAGCAACGUCAUGCGUUGGAGAAAGCUACCCGUUGGAAUCAAUCGAUACACGACUGUGUGACAGACGCUCUGAUUUUAGUAUUUAUAAACAUCAACAGUCAAUGAGAACGAUUACGCUACGAGUUAAUGAUUGUGCCAGUGUCUGUGAUGUUACUUUUAUCACAAACCGCAUAGCAAUUUGGGAAUUCAUAAUUGAAUAAUUAGAAAUAAUACGAAACUUAGGUCCAUCACUACCCGUUAAUAACUUUAAUUUUAUAUUUCAUUUUGUACAUAUCGCUUGUAAUGAUUUCUAUUUACGAAAUUAUAAACAAAAUGAGGAAAAAAUGAUUAAGGUGACGGGUCUGGAAAACAGUUCGUGUUAUCGCGUUGAUACGUCAAUAUAACCAACGGUAUUUUGAUUAGAAAGAAGCCUAUAUUAGAAUUUUCGAUUAAAAGGAAAAAAAUUAAUUAAAAAAAAAUUAUAAAGGUUUUAGUCUUACGAGGAUGAAACGUAUUCUUGUAUAAAAAAAAAGCGCAUUUGUUUAAUGCAUUAGUAGAUAAAGUAUAAAAAGAAUGAGGUACGUCUAAGUUGUAAAUAAUUCGUGCACCUUGUUAUUCUCGCGUCGGUGUAAAAUACAUGAAACUAUGUAACUUUGAGUUUGAGAAAGUGUAAUCGUAAUAUGAUAAUAUGUUUUACUUGCUUCAGUUAUUUAGAACAUAUAUUUAUGAUAACAUUACUUAUUAUUAUUUAUAAUAUCUAUGCUAAACGGAUUAUUCAAAUAUCAGUUACUAAAUGGAGCUCAAUUCCGAAGCAUACGAUAUUGUUAUACUUUCGCGUAAUCGUAAGAUUCUUUUCUAGUUUUGUAUCGUAUCCGUAACCACUCGGAUAAUGAACGAAAAUCACCGACACUGGCAUGAGAGAUUUAAUGUUUCAUUUACAGAGAACAAAAAAAAAAUGAAAACAAAACAAACAAGCGUCGUAUAGUAUAGAUUCGCUUCAUGGUUACUUAGAAACUAUCUGUAAAUGAAACAUCCCUUAGAAAGCCAUUGACUAUUUUAUUGACGAUCGUAUUACGUAAAUGAGUUUCGUAUUGGAGUCGCUUUUUAGUUUUUAUUCACAGAAACGAACGUAUAGCUUUAACAAUGCAACAAGGGACUGGCAUCUGGAUUUAUCAAACCAUCGAUAUCACCUGUUGGUGAGUUUUUUCAGGUGUUCGACUGCCUUCAGUCCCCUUCAGUUCUAGUUCUGUAUCUUAUACUCCUGAUCCUGAUUUUCGUCUUACGAAAUCCCCUUUUCCUUUCUCGAAUUAUCUUUGUGUUAAAGGCAUGUCGGUCAUCGAAUGUCUCGAGGUAUUUGAUGUUCACUCUCUAAUACAUGUACAGAUAUAUCGAAACGAUAAUUACAUUCGAAUGUGUAGCGACCAUCGUACCGAUGAAUCAAGUAUGCAGACUCCACGAAAUCAAGUACCGCAUUCGAAUACAAUUUUUGUACAUGUACAAAGAAUCUCAGUUCUAUCAUUAACACCACGACACGCCACUUUUACCAUAAAUUGUACAGUUCUUUUUCACCUCAUGCCUACAAAGUUAUUGUCAUCGCACGUCGAUACGUUGCAUAUAUUUCUCGAUUAUAGCGAGAUUCGCUGUGAGUCUGCACGAUAUUCGAUUCAAGACGCGUUACAGUACUUUGCGAAUACUGUAGUUAAUUUUAUUCAGUGGUCAGGGACCAUUUCGUUGUUUGUACAUAUAUAUAUUAUAUUCGUCAUAAUUUUGGAAUAGUAGUUUCUUUCGUUUCAGGGCUUAACCGAUCGUCAUCGUUAUUAGAAUCGGUAUACAUUCUCCUUUCAUGUUUUGAGCCAAUCCAAGUAUAGAGCAACGAAGAUAUUAUACCUAAUAUUAUUCAACCAAUUAUGGUCUAUCGAAAAAUGUUUUUCUUUUCUUUUCUUUUUUUUUUUGCGUUAUGAUUUAUUGCCUUAUUUAUGUUGAAUUUUAUCAUUCUGUUACAGUAACUACUCUGUGACUCGCGAAAUAUGAACAUGAGAAACCUUUCCAAAUCUAGACGAAUGUAGUCAGUGUACCAAUUUUGUCGCGUAAAUUGAGAUUUUCUGGCCCUAAAUAAAUGAGUCUCUUAUGCAAGAAUAUUAUUCAUUCUACGCUCCACUUAGAACGUUUUACCCGGUUGUAUGGACACUAUUCUACAGUAUGGAUUAACGUUCGCGUGGUUAUUAAAUUGGACUUUGCAUCCAAGUACUUUAAUCUUGUAGGAGAAUUUAAUCUAACGGUUGAAUUGUACAACAUCUUUUGACGUAUACAAUACAAAGACGACAAUUGAUCUCAGCCAGAAUGUAACUGGUUAUCUUUCAGAGUAAAAUGAUGAGAAUGAAAGAUCAAAGGUGACCUAAUAAUGGUGCAAUACGUAAUCCUUUCCGAAAGACUUGUUGAUUAAGCGUAGACAUGAUUAAUUGAAAAUUUUAAAUGAGUAUGUUGAGAUGAAGUGACUGAAAAAUGGAAAGUUUAGAUUGUAGAGUUAGGUUUUAUUUGAUGAAAUAUACGUUUCGGGGGCCAAGUAUGUUCGAGAGUAUAUUUUGUCCAGAGCCACGAAUUGAUGAAUGUAUUGGUUUGUAUUUUUUUCGAAAAAUCAUGCCCUUGAUCGAAACUUUUUCGUUUGAAGCGAAUCGAAAUUUAUAAAUGAGAAUAAAAAUCGUGAAUGAUUUUAUUGAAACAGUUUUUACGACGAAAGAGCGUAAGAAAUAAUUGUCUAUAUUUGAAUGGAGGGAUACAAAAUUCUGAGUUGUCUAUAGACUUUUCGAUCGUUCAAACUCUCCUCUUUGAAGGUUCUUCGACAUCUAUUAGUUCCUGAAAUUUGUUUUGAAAUUCUAGACUUUAUAAAGAUACGAUAUCUUUAUUACCCUCGAUAUAUGAUUAUUGUCCAAUUAAUAUUAUAGUUAACAUUUUAUCGCCAUAUGAUUUACCUAUUAUUAUAGAUUUAACAAUAGUUAUUAUUAUCUUUAAUAUUACUCUCAAUUAUUGCUAUUAAUAUUUACUUUCCUAAUAUCGAAAUAAAACAUCUGCGAAAAGCAGCGAUACAAGUGAACCGUUGGUUCGAUAUUUCUUUUGAAAGAGGAAACCUGAGAGACACGUGGAUAGUACAGUAAUCCCUUGAUAUAACAACAGAUUUCGUCCUCGAUAAAGCGAUACAAAUCAUCCCCAAACUACUUUUUUUCUUCAAUAAUCGCAAGUCACUCGUCGACUUGUUUAUCUGGAUCAAUAAUAAAAAUUUAAAUAUUUAUUGA